CUUUCCUCAUUUAACAUGAUGACACAAUUAAUUAACCACUAAUCAAUUCAAUUUCUUCCCUCUUCAUCUUCAUCUCUCUCUUCACAGCCAAUGCUGCAGCUGGUCUCUCUUAAACAGUAUUCAUGCCCACCAAAUGUUCGUUGAGUUGUCAAGAUCAUUUUCUUGAUAUCAAUCCAGUCAUGAACAAGUCUCCUCCUCCUCCUGUUAAAUACUAUGAAACUGGGGAUGAGUAUGAUCCCCACUUCGAAUUCGCACAGUUCUUGAAGGAAGCAAAAACACAUGCUUGCCAGCAAAAGUCUCUACAUGCAUCAGAAAAGGAACAGUUGAAUGGAACAAGAAAGCCCAAUAAGUCGUGGAAAAGCUCCAUCUUCCCAUGGUUAAAAUCCAAUAAGAAAAGUAGCCACAAGAAAGUCAUCGAAGAGGACCCACCACCACUUUCAGAAAGCUCCCCCAAGACAAGACCAGGCUAUGUUUCUGUCCCCAUGAACAGGAUCAGCGCUGAACGACCAAAACGACCAACUUCAGGACCUCUUUUAUCGACUCUAUUCAAGACAAGGGAGGAGGAGUUUUGGAUGCCAUAUAUUUCACUUGGGAAGUUCAAUCAUUCGCGGGGUGUUAACCCCUAUGGUCCUAUUUACAUGGUAACAUAAUCAAAGUUCAA